AUGUUGUGUAUGAGCAUGCCCACCACCUACACCCCUUUAACCCCUCUGCAGCCGCUGCCGCCCAUCUCCACCGUCUCGGACAAAUUCCCCCACCAUCACCACCACCACCAUCACCACCACCAUCCGCACCACCACCAGCGCCUGGCGGGCAACGUGAGCGGUAGCUUCACGCUCAUGCGGGACGAGCGCGGGCUGGCCUCCAUGAAUAACCUCUAUACCCCCUACCACAAGGACGGAGCCGGCAUGGGCCAGAGCCUCUCCCCCCUCUCCCAGAGCCUCUCGCCCCUCUCAGGCUCGGGUCUGGGCGGCAUCCACAACUCCCAGCAAGGACUCCCCCACUAUGCCCACCCGGGCGCCGCCAUGCCCACCGACAAGAUGCUCACCCCCAACGGCUUCGAAGCCCACCACCCGGCCAUGCUCGGCCGCCACGGGGAGCAGCACCUCACACCCACCUCCGCCGGCAUGGUGCCGAUAAAUGGCCUUCCUCCGCACCACCCCCACGCCCACCUGAAUGCCCAGGGCCACGGGCAGCUCCUGGGAACUGCCCGGGAACCCAACCCUUCGGUGACCGGUGCGCAGGUCAGCAAUGGAAGUAAUUCAGGGCAGAUGGAAGAGAUCAAUACCAAAGAGGUGGCGCAGCGUAUCACCACCGAGCUCAAGCGCUACAGCAUCCCACAGGCCAUCUUCGCGCAGAGGGUGCUCUGCCGCUCCCAGGGGACCCUCUCGGACCUGCUGCGCAACCCCAAACCCUGGAGCAAACUCAAGUCCGGCCGGGAGACCUUCCGGAGGAUGUGGAAGUGGCUGCAGGAGCCAGAGUUCCAGCGCAUGUCCGCGCUCCGCUUAGCAGCAUGCAAAAGGAAAGAGCAGGAACACGGGAAGGAUAGAGGCAACACACCCAAAAAGCCCAGGUUGGUCUUCACAGAUGUCCAGCGUCGAACUCUACAUGCAAUAUUCAAGGAGAAUAAGCGUCCAUCCAAAGAAUUGCAAAUCACCAUUUCCCAGCAGCUGGGGUUGGAGCUGAGCACCGUCAGCAACUUCUUCAUGAAUGCGAGGAGGAGGAGUCUGGACAAGUGGCAGGACGAGGGCAGCUCCAAUUCAGGCAACUCAUCUUCUUCAUCAAGCACUUGUACCAAAGCAUGAAGGAAGAACCACAAACUAAAACCUCGGUGGAAAAGCUUUAAAUUAAAAAAAAAAAAAUUUUUAAAGACCAAGACCUCAAGAUAGCAGGUUUAUACUUAGAAAUAUUUGAAGAAAAAAAAAAAAAGUCUUAUUUAUAGUCCAAAGAAACCAAAGACUUAGCUCACCUGCAUUCUGACUUUGUUUGGAGACACACACACUUCAGCGGGGCGACGACUUGGCAAGAAAAUUUAUGAGCAGGAAAACACCACUGGAUCUCACACCUUCAAUCCAUGAUCAUUUUCACUGUGCUUGGCUGGUUAGUGGUUGGGAGCAUGGUGAUUCUGAGCUGUUGAGUGGACAUCAUUUAAGAUUGGACUUUUCUCAUCUGUACUACCACACCAUGAAGGUGUAUGGUGUCUCAGUACUGUGCACAGAUGUGUGCAUGUGUACACACACACACACACACACACAUGCACUACCAGUGGUUAGGGACUUAGGCAGGGCUGGUCUUCAGGAAGGGUUGUGCCAUAGGGGUGCGACCAACACGGGGUGGAGUUGUCUGAGUUCUGAUUAGGAGUCUGAUGUUGCUUGUCUAGCCUAGCGUUUGAACCUGCCAGGCCCGCAACCUCCAUGCAGAUUCAAACCCAGCAAAGAAACUUUGAAUGACACCUAAACCAGUGCAUUCUCUUUGUUUGUUAAGGAAUGUUCAGAUAUUUUUUAAGAAAUGAAACAAGAGUCCAUCCAUUAAAAAAAAUAAUCACCUAGGUACCAAAGAACACACUUAAUAUUAUAGUGCAGGUAUUUUAUUGCAAUGAUUUUAAUAACCAAAGCUAUUUUUACACAAGAUACUAUGUAAAGUUAUACGUAUGAACUGAUCUAGCUGUAAUACACACGCCACAUAGAAUCAUGACUAUUAUUUAUGACUCUUGACGCAUUUGAAAUAUGAGUUUUCAGAACUGGCAAGAAAGAAUGUAGCUUCAGGGAAGCAAUUACUGUCAUGGCAGAGAGGCCGAUCCAGUACACACGUACAUCCGAAUGGCACACUCCUUUUCAGGGUCCAUAAAUGUCACCUCGGUAGAGAGAACGACAUGAUUCCAUAAUCUGUUCAUAGCAAAGAAAACCUGGCAUCUUUCCAAAGCAAACCGCCACCCAUACACUAGAAAAUGAAGUCUAACAGGGCAGGUUGAUUUAGAAAUCUGUUCAAAGUCAGGCUCUUUAGUACAAAAAUAAAAUCCUUAUACUUAGAUUACUUUGACUUCAGUUUGCUUUACACAGUUGGCAUCAUCUAGUUUUUUAAAAGGCUUUACUAACACCCAAAAGUAGCAGCCCAAUGUUAUUCUGAAAAUGAAAUGUCCAAUAUUUGCAACCAUCCCAAAAAGCAAUCAGACUGAUUUUAUUGUCAAUUCCAGAUAGUUUAUGGCUUAAACAUCCAUAAAAUAGCAGGUGCCACUGAAUAAUGGUGGAAUUGGUAGAACUGCAUAGUAAAAACCAGUUUUACUGGAAGAUAGACUUAUAGGUAUUAAGUAAUUUAUGUCACUAAGCAUAGCCUCCAAAGCAUUCUACAUUCUUUCUUGCUAAUUGCAUGAAGCUGGCAGCUUUAUAAUAUAGAUUUCAUUCUCUAACAAGAACUGAAAAAACCUAGACCCGAGCCUCCAAACACAAAAUUUUAAAUCUUUAUUUUUCCUAAUAACUGGAGCUAUAGAAACCAAUGCCAAAAGAGGGGGAGGGGUAAAUAAAAUUGUACUCUGAUACCCCAGUGAAUCACUUGAUUCCCAGAAAAAUUCUCUCUAUAAAUUCAUUUGAAUUAUAAUUUAUAUAAGUGGAUGCCUAUUGUACCAUUAGGUAAAGAAUUGGAUACUCUUCGUUAAUGACCACACCAAACUAGAAAGAUAUAAUUAAACGUUAUCCUAACAAUAAGUUGUUUAUUGAGAUUCAUUACAAUGCCACAGGAGAGAGAAAUGAAACCAUCCUACACAAGACCUAACUUCAUAGGAUGAAGCCUCCCCAUCUUGUCUAGGUCUAAAACAGGUAACACCCUAGAAAUGUAAACUAACCCAACCAGCCACCUGGCUCUCUCCCUCAUGUCUAUCAUAGAACGGGGACAAGAAACCAACAUGCACUUCUCCUUUGAUGAAAUACUGCAUUUGUCUUGACAUACUUUGUCUUAGUAACUUUUUUCAUUUCACCCAGAAUACCAGCUUAAGAUUUUCCCUUCUAAAUAUGGCACAAUUAUAGUUCAGCCGUUAAAAGAAACCAUUUAAAUGGCCACCCUUCAAGGUUUGCUAAAAAUAUAAUCUCGUCAAUGACAUAAACAAAAAGAAACAGAACUGAUUAUUGUUUCCUCUCUCUCCAGGAAUGGAGAAAUGAGAGGGCUAAAGGGACAGCUAUAAAGUAUAUUUAUACAUUAGCAGGAAGGAAAGCCUUAUUUGCUUAAAACAUGGGAUUUUCAAAUGCAGGGAAAUUUAAGCUGUGUCUACACACAUCUUACCAAAUUCAAUACUCCAGAAAAAAUCAAAGUUGAAUUCAGCCAACCACGGUUUUUUUUUCCUUUUUUUUCUUUGCUUUGUCUUACUCUAUUACCUCCCAAUGAAUACAUUUUGCAUUUUGCAUUUUUGACCAAUUAUUUUGAUAUUGUGUAGGCACAGUUGCAAAGAAUAUUUACUACAUCUUUAAUAUUCCAUGUAAUUUUUUUAAAUAACCAGUUAUCCUGUUUGCUAACACCAAAGAUAAUUUCCAUACCAGCAUUGAAUUUGCACCCAUUAUGCAAUUUCAGGGCCUAGAGAUAUAUUUUCUCAUAAACAGAUGCACAAAUCAGAGCCUGAAAAGUGACUUUUUAUGUGACUAUUUAAGCAUACUCACCACCCUUGCUGUUUAGAAAUCAUAAUGGAUAAACUCACUUCUCACAAGCAAUAUACUUAUUGUAUCAGAUAGGACUGAUCCUUUACUUGCUUCUGAACUGGCAUGUAGGAAAAAUGCUUCCAUUUUAUUCAACUUAGCAUUCAUGUAUGGCUCGAGUGUUUAACCUACCACACCCCACAGAGCAGAGAUCAUGGGCCAUUUGUUCACCCACCCUUUCUCAGUCCUUUCACAAAAUUCAUCACAGGAAGGUCGUCACCCUUUCAUUUGUGUGUCUAUUUCAAAACUGCACUUCAAAUUUUUUUUUUUUCUGGUAGAAUGGAGGUUUAGUCUGUUUUUUAGCCAUAAAUCAUUCAGGUCCUCUCAUGACUGGAAGCUUUCCUGAAAGCGGGCCAGGAGGUAUGAAGUCUGGAUACCUCCCCAAACCCAGACUUCAGUACACGUUCAGGUAAAAGAGUUCUAGAUGUCAGGAAUUGAGUAUUCCAGUCCCUGGGAUGCAGCUGAAAUAGACCCUAAAGACCAAAGAAAAUGUGUAGAAAAAUCUGGAAAUUCUAACUGAACACGUAUGUCACUCACUGUGCCCCCACCCCACCCUACCCCAGAAAAAAGCAUACUUUUUUUUUUUUUCAGGAAAAUUUAAAAGCACUAUGCUACUUUUAAUCUCAUUCCACUCCCAUUGCUACCCCAGGUGAAUGACUGUCUUUGCAGGUUAAAUGCAAACUUUGCUAUACCAAAGAGUCCUAGGACAUUUUCACAUGAGCUAUAAAGGCAUUUUCCCUAAGAAAGGUCCUCCCUUCUUUGUACAUAAAGGAUGAAAACUAUGCAUUUAGCAAACAAAGAGAAAGCACUUCUCCCUUUUCUAUCUAGUUGUUUAGGGUGCAUUCAAACUCCAGAGGCUGUUUGGAAACAUGUUUGGCCUUCUGGGUUGUAACUGUGGUGUGGUUAGCUUUCCAGUGCAUUUGGUAACUAUUUCCUAUAUAGUAAGGACAAAGAAGCAGAAGGUAAGAAAUAGCUACUUCCACGUGUAAAAAAAAAAAA